GGGGACCGGGUCGCGAGCCUAUGGAGCCCCCCCAUCCCCCGAGCUGCUGGCCCCGGAGUGCGCCCCCCCGCCCGUCCUUGUGAGCGCGAGCGCGGGGCACCCUCCGAAGCUCGAUUGGGGGGCGCGUGCCCAGGAGCUGGGAUGCCCUGGACCUCCCGUCGCUUUGCAGGCGCAGCGGUGCCCUCCCCACAUUUCCUCCUCUCUCCUCUUCCCCCGUAGCCGGGGUCCCUCCCGAUCAUCCAUCCCUUGUUUCCCCAGAGGGCCGGACCCACUUUGGGGGUCGGAGGAUGAGAGGAUGGGGCGGCGCGCGCCCCUGGAGGGUCAGGUCGAGUGAUUUAAUUAGGGAGCCCUCCUUCCGCCCCCCUGGCGCUGGCCGGCUGGGUGGGAGCACGUGUGGAGACUCCCGUGGCCGACUGGAGGUGCCUGGGUUUAGUUUUGUUGGGUUUAGCCAUCCCACGAGGGUGUAGUAGUAGCUGUACCCGCGCGCGCACGUGUGUGUGUGUGUGUGUGUGUGUGUGUGUGUGUGUGCGCACGCUUAGGUACUUCUGUGCCCUCUCCCCCUCCCCCCCCAUUUCCUGCUGUCCGAGGUGAGCUGAGUUUUUACUACGAAUGGGGUCCAAGAUUGGGGAAGGGGCUGUCGCGGUGAACGAUGGGAAGGAAGGAGCUCACGGAGCCAAGGACCCAGUAUGGCCUUAUAUUUUGGGGAUGGAAGUGGUUUGGAAAGUAUCCUUUCAAAUUAGGAUCCCCAGGUAGGCCUCAUAGUUCCACGACAUGGAUUUAACCUAAAAAUGCCUUGAUUAGAAGGCACGAUCUUAACGAAAUCCCAACCACAUGCAGGUCUAAUUAAAAGCUACUUUAACUGUUCCAGCAGUCUGCCAUGGGAAGUAAUGCUACCUUAACUAUGAGAAAUUAGCCCUGAUUACACACACACACACACACACACACUCACACACUCCCUGUAUUUCAUUCAUUUUUUUUCCCCUCCCAACUCCUUAGGGCAGACUUGGAACGAGACUUUCUAUGGACACACUAUUUCCUCUUCCUGUAGGGGGUGGGAAAACUGCCUUCUUUCAUGAAAUUCUUAGGGCGUCUGUGUGUAAAGAGUCAUUUCGGUGCUGUUCAUUUGACUGUUGCUUUCAAAAAGGCAGUGUGAUUUACCAAGCAGGACACAACUAUUUUCUGUCAUCCUAUAAUUUGUCCUUGACUAAUCUGACUCGCUGCUACAGUUUAGGGAGCAGCUCUUGUGGUCUGCCUGUCAUACGUGGCAAACUACUUUAAUUUUGCCGGGUGAAAAAAGUAGAGGGCAAAAGAUUAAAUGUAUAAAGUUUAUUAUAAUAGAAAAACUCCCCUCUCCUUUCUGAGGCAGCUGGAUUAUUUUCAUCAUAUGAUUUUAAAAUACAUCAAACAUAGCAUGUAGCAGCGUUUAACGUGAAAGAACAGAAAAUGGAAGAGGAAUUAGUUAAGUUUAGUUGGUCAUACCAUGAUUCUGGUCAAAUUGGAGAGAUGUCAGUCAACUGUGACGUUGUGAAAGGCAGCCCUAGAGAAAACCUAUAUACCCGGUAUUGCCUUUGCCACUGUACUGUGGGCAGUUCUAUUUGUAGUGAGUGCACCUUGUGGCAUUUAUCUCCUUUUCAGCUCAGUGACUAGGAAAUUUUUUUUAGCUGCUUUCACUCAGAGACAGGUUGAACUGGUCUGCAAUGUAUGUGCGUUUUGGAUGGACAUCAUUAAUAUGCAAGGUUGGGGAAAAAAUUAAAUUUUUAAAGUUUUUUAUUUUUUCAUUGUAUUUUAUUGAAGAAGAUUCCUUCUCUAUGGAUUUCCUUUGAUAAGCCAAUUAUUUAACAAUUAGGUGUGUGUGUGUGUGGGGAGGGUGGCAUAGAGUAUUUAGAUAGCAUUUACAGUUAUAAAGCAUUUUUUACAUGUAUUUUCUCAUUUGAUAUCUACAACAGCCACAUGAGGAAGGUAGUGCAAUUAUAUCCAUAUUAUAUAUGGAUUUAUACAUUUUUUCCUUCAUUGGUAGAAUGUAAGUUUAAAGAAGGCAAGGAUUGAUUCGUUUUGUACUUAUAUCCCCAUGUAACAGCACAAAAGCUGGCACCCAGUAGUUAAUUAAUGCUAAUGGAGUAAUGAGAAAACUGAAAUUCUAAGUGAAUUUCCUGAGGUUGCAGAUAGUGACAAGUAUUUGUAGGAAAUAGCAUAGCUGAGAAUUGAUUUUUUUUUUUUUUUACAGAGUCUCUAAGUUUGUUGUGCUUUCCAUUAUCCCAUACUUGCUAGAUAAUAAAGAUAAUUGUCAUUUAUAUAGAACUUUAAAGUUUGUAGAGUGUUUUAAAAAUACUGUCUCAUUUUAUCCACAUGAUCUCCAUUUUGCUGAUGAGGAAACAGACCUUUAAAAACCAAAAGGCUUGCUCAGGAUCAUACAGUUGGUGUCUGACGUGAAAAAGAAGUAUUGACUCUAAUUCUAGGGCCAGCACUUCAUCCAUUGUCACCUAUCAGACUGUUAUUGGUUAAACCAGAUCAGUUCUUUCUGGAGGUGGAUAUCAUCUUACAUUAUAAGAAUUUUAAGAGCUCUAAAGGCCUACUUUGACAACAUAAUGGAUGAGUCUUCUCCCUUGACCAAGCCUCUGGAACUGAACCAGCACUCUCGAUUCAUAAUUGGCUCUGUAUCUGAAGAUAACUCGGAGGAUGAGAUCAGCAACUUGGUGAAACUGGACCUGCUGGAAGAGAAAGAAGGAUCUUCUUCACCAGCUUCUGUCAACUCAGAUACACUCCCUGACUUGGGACUCCCAAGUCUACAGGAUGGCUUGGCCUUACAUAUAAGGUCCAGCAUGUCUGGCCUACACUUGGUAAAGCAAGGCCGAGACCGAAAGAAGAUAGACUCUCAAAGAGAUUUCACUGUUGCUUCUCCAGCAGAGUUUGUUACUCGUUUUGGGGGAAAUAAAGUGAUUGAAAAGGUUCUCAUUGCCAAUAAUGGCAUUGCUGCAGUGAAAUGCAUGAGAUCUAUCCGUAGGUGGUCUUAUGAGAUGUUUAGAAAUGAACGUGCAAUUCGAUUUGUUGUCAUGGUGACGCCUGAAGAUCUUAAAGCAAAUGCAGAGUACAUUAAGAUGGCAGAUCACUAUGUCCCAGUGCCUGGAGGACCAAACAACAACAACUAUGCAAAUGUGGAACUAAUUCUUGAUAUUGCUAAAAGGAUCCCAGUGCAAGCUGUAUGGGCUGGAUGGGGCCAUGCUUCUGAAAAUCCCAAGCUUCCUGAACUCCUCUUAAAGAAUGGCAUUGCCUUUAUGGGCCCUCCAAGCCAAGCCAUGUGGGCUCUGGGGGAUAAGAUUGCCUCUUCUAUAGUAGCUCAAACGGCAGGUAUCCCUACUCUUCCCUGGAGUGGUAGUGGUCUUCGUAUGGACUGGCAAGAGAGUGAUUUUUCAAAGCGCAUUUUGAAUGUUCCUCAGGAUCUAUAUGAGAAAGGUUAUGUGAAGGAUGUUGAUGCUGGGUUGCAGGCAGCUGAGGAAGUUGGUUAUCCAGUUAUGAUCAAGGCUUCAGAAGGAGGAGGAGGAAAGGGAAUCAGAAAAGUGAACAAUGCUGAUGACUUUCCUAACCUCUUCAGACAGGUUCAAGCUGAAGUUCCUGGGUCCCCUAUCUUUGUGAUGAGAUUAGCCAAACAGUCUCGUCACUUGGAGGUGCAAAUCUUAGCAGAUCAGUAUGGCAAUGCAAUCUCUUUGUUUGGUCGGGACUGCUCUGUGCAGCGAAGGCACCAGAAGAUCAUAGAAGAGGCUCCUGCCACUAUUGCAACUCCAGCGGUAUUUGAGCAUAUGGAACAGUGUGCUGUGAAACUUGCCAAGAUGGUAGGUUAUGUCAGUGCUGGGACUGUGGAGUACCUCUACAGCCAGGAUGGCAGCUUCUACUUCUUGGAGCUGAAUCCGCGGCUGCAGGUGGAGCACCCUUGUACGGAGAUGGUGGCUGAUGUCAACCUUCCAGCGGCACAACUCCAGAUUGCCAUGGGUAUUCCUCUGUACAGAAUUAAGGAUAUCCGAAUGAUGUAUGGAGUCUCACCUUGGGGAGAUGUCCCCAUUGAUUUUGAAAACUCUGCUCAUGUCCCAUCCCCGAGGGGCCACGUCAUUGCUGCUCGGAUCACUAGUGAGAAUCCUGAUGAGGGUUUUAAGCCCAGCUCAGGAACAGUUCAGGAAUUGAAUUUCCGCAGCAAUAAGAAUGUAUGGGGAUAUUUCAGUGUUGCUGCAGCAGGUGGACUUCACGAAUUUGCAGAUUCUCAGUUUGGUCACUGCUUCUCCUGGGGAGAAAACCGAGAGGAAGCCAUUUCAAACAUGGUAGUGGCUCUGAAGGAGCUGUCUAUCCGGGGAGACUUCCGGACUACUGUCGAGUACCUGAUCAAGCUGCUGGAGACAGAGAGCUUCCAGCAUAACCGCAUUGAUACGGGCUGGCUGGACAGGCUGAUUGCUGAGAAAGUGCAGGCAGAGCGUCCUGAUACCAUGUUGGGGGUUGUAUGUGGGGCUCUACAUGUGGCAGAUGUGAGCCUUCGGAACAGUGUCUCCAAUUUCCUUCACUCAUUAGAGAGGGGUCAGGUCCUUCCUGCUCACACACUUCUGAACACAGUUGAUGUUGAGCUUAUAUAUGAAGGAGCCAAGUAUGUGCUGAAGGUGACCCGACAGUCCCCUAACUCCUAUGUGGUGAUCAUGAAUGGUUCCUGUGUAGAGGUAGAUGUGCACCGUCUGAGUGAUGGAGGAUUACUUUUGUCCUAUGAUGGAAGUAGUUAUACAACCUACAUGAAGGAAGAAGUGGAUAGAUACCGCAUCACAAUUGGCAAUAAGACCUGUGUAUUUGAAAAGGAGAAUGACCCAUCUGUACUCCGUUCACCUUCUGCUGGAAAGUUGAUCCAAUAUAUUGUGGAGGAUGGAGGCCAUGUGUUUGCUGGCCAGUGCUAUGCUGAGAUUGAGGUGAUGAAGAUGGUAAUGACACUAAUAGCUGUUGAAUCUGGUUGUAUCCACUAUGUCAAGCGGCCUGGAGCAGCCCUUGACCCUGGUUGUGUGAUUGCCAAGUUGCAGCUGGAUAAUCCCAGUAAGGUUCAGCAGGCUGAGCUACACACUGGAAGUUUGCCAAAGAUCCAGAGUACAGCACUCAGAGGCGAGAAACUUCAUCGGGUCUUCCAUUACGUCCUAGAUAACCUGGUCAACGUUAUGAAUGGUUACUGCCUUCCAGACCCUUUCUUUAACAGCAAGGUAAAAGAUUGGGUGGAGAGGUUGAUGAAAACCCUCAGAGAUCCCUCCCUUCCUCUCCUAGAAUUGCAGGACAUUAUGACCAGUGUUUCAGGCCGUAUACCCCCCAAUGUGGAGAAGUCCAUCAAGAAGGAAAUGGCCCAGUAUGCCAGCAAUAUCACUUCUGUCCUUUGCCAGUUUCCCAGCCAGCAGAUUGCCAAUAUCCUAGAUAGUCACGCAGCUACAUUGAACCGGAAGUCUGAACGCGAAGUCUUCUUCAUGAACACUCAAAGUAUUGUGCAGCUCGUGCAGAGGUACCGAAGUGGCAUCAGAGGGCACAUGAAGGCUGUGGUAAUGGAUCUGCUCCGACAGUACUUGAGAGUGGAGACUCAAUUCCAGAAUGGUCACUAUGAUAAGUGUGUCUUCACCCUUCGGGAAGAGAACAAAAGUGAUAUGAAUACUGUGUUGAACUAUAUCUUCUCCCAUGCCCAGGUCACCAAGAAGAACCUUCUGGUCACCAUGCUUAUUGAUCAAUUAUGUGGCCGUGAUCCAACCCUUACGGAUGAGUUACUGAAUAUCCUUACAGAACUGACUCAGCUCAGCAAAACCACCAAUGCCAAAGUGGCACUUCGAGCCCGGCAGGUUCUCAUUGCCUCCCAUUUACCAUCCUAUGAACUUCGCCAUAACCAAGUAGAGUCUAUUUUUCUAUCGGCUAUUGACAUGUAUGGACAUCAAUUUUGCAUUGAGAACCUACAGAAACUUAUCUUGUCUGAAACCUCCAUUUUUGAUGUCCUCCCAAACUUCUUCUACCAUAGCAACCAGGUAGUGAGAAUGGCAGCUCUGGAGGUAUAUGUACGAAGGGCUUACAUUGCUUAUGAACUCAACAGUGUCCAACAUCGCCAACUAAAGGAUAAUACCUGCGUGGUAGAGUUCCAGUUCAUGUUGCCCACAUCUCACCCGAACAGAGGGAACAUCCCCACGCUAAACAGAAUGUCCUUCUCCUCCAACCUCAACCACUAUGGCAUGGCUCACGUAGCCAGUGUCAGUGAUGUGCUACUAGACAACUCAUUCACUCCACCGUGCCAAAGGAUGGGCGGGAUGGUUUCUUUCCGGACUUUUGAAGACUUUGUCAGAAUUUUUGAUGAAGUAAUGGGCUGCUUCUGUGACUCCCCACCACAAAGCCCUACAUUCCCCGAGGCAGGGCACACUUCGCUGUAUGAUGAAGACAAGGCUGCCAGGGAUGAACCAAUUCACAUCCUGAAUGUGGCUAUCAAGACUGACUGUGACAUUGAGGAUGACAGACUAGCAGCCAUGUUUAGAGAUUUCACUCAGCAAAAUAAAGCUGCUCUUGUUGAACAUGGGAUCCGGCGGCUUACAUUCCUGGUUGCACAAAAGGAUUUCAGAAAACAGGUCAACUAUGAGGUGGAUCAACGAUUUCAUAGAGAGUUUCCUAAAUUUUUCACAUUCCGAGCAAGGGAUAAGUUUGAAGAAGAUCGCAUCUAUCGUCACUUGGAACCUGCCCUGGCUUUCCAACUAGAGCUGAACCGAAUGAGGAAUUUUGACCUCACUGCUAUUCCAUGUGCCAAUCAUAAGAUGCAUUUAUAUCUUGGGGCAGCCAAAGUGGAAGUGGGUACUGAAGUGACAGACUACAGAUUUUUUGUAAGAGCAAUCAUCAGGCAUUCAGAUUUGGUCACCAAGGAAGCCUCUUUUGAGUAUCUGCAGAAUGAGGGGGAGCGUCUGCUCCUGGAAGCCAUGGAUGAGUUGGAGGUUGCUUUUAACAAUACCAAUGUCCGAACUGAUUGCAACCAUAUCUUCCUCAACUUUGUGCCCACAGUCAUCAUGGACCCAUCAAAGAUUGAGGAGUCUGUGAGGAGCAUGGUGAUGCGCUAUGGAAGCCGGCUGUGGAAACUCCGAGUUCUCCAAGCAGAGCUGAAAAUUAACAUCCGCUUAACACCAACUGGAAAAGCAAUUCCCAUCCGCCUCUUCCUGACCAAUGAGUCUGGCUAUUAUUUGGACAUCAGUCUGUACAAGGAAGUGACUGACUCUAGGACAGCACAGAUCAUGUUCCAGGCAUAUGGAGACAAACAGGGUCCACUACAUGGGAUGCUGAUCAAUACUCCUUAUGUGACCAAAGACUUGCUACAAUCCAAGAGAUUCCAGGCACAAACCUUAGGGACAACAUAUAUUUAUGAUAUUCCUGAGAUGUUCCGGCAGUCUCUUAUCAAACUCUGGGAAUCUAUGUCAGCCCAAGCAUUCCUACCAGCCCCACCACUGCCUUCUGAUAUGCUAACUUACACUGAAUUGGUGUUGGAUGAUCAAGGUCAGCUGGUACAUAUGAACAGGCUUCCAGGAGGAAACGAGAUAGGCAUGGUGGCUUGGAAAAUGACACUCAAGAGUCCCGAGUACCCAGAAGGAAGAGAUAUCAUUGUUAUUGGAAAUGAUAUCACCUAUCGAAUUGGGUCCUUUGGACCUCAAGAAGAUGUGUUAUUUCUGAGGGCUUCUGAGCUUGCCAGGGCAGAGGGUAUCCCUCGCAUUUAUGUGGCUGCUAAUAGUGGAGCAAGAAUUGGGUUGGCAGAGGAAAUACGUCACAUGUUCCAUGUGGCCUGGGUAGAUCCUGAUGAUCCUUACAAGGGAUACAAGUAUCUUUAUCUGACUCCUCAAGAUUAUAAGAGGGUCAGCGCCUUGAACUCUGUUCACUGUGAACAUGUGGAAGAUGAAGGGGAAUCCAGGUAUAAGAUUACAGAUAUUAUUGGGAAGGAAGAAGGACUUGGAGCUGAGAACCUCAGGGGUUCUGGGAUGAUUGCUGGGGAAUCCUCAUUGGCAUAUGAUGAGAUCAUCACUAUCAGCCUGGUAACUUGCCGGGCCAUUGGAAUUGGAGCUUAUCUAGUCCGAUUAGGACAGAGAACCAUCCAGGUUGAGAACUCCCAUUUGAUUCUGACGGGAGCAGCAGCCCUCAACAAAGUGCUUGGGCGGGAAGUAUAUACAUCUAAUAACCAGCUUGGAGGCAUCCAGAUUAUGCACAACAAUGGAGUGACGCACAGUACUGUAUGUGAUGACUUUGAAGGAGUUCUUACGGUCCUACAUUGGCUGUCCUAUAUGCCCAAGAAUGUGCACAGUCCAGUUCCUCUCCUUAACUCCAAGGAUCCUAUUGAUAGAAUCAUCGAAUUUGUCCCUACAAAGGCCCCCUACGAUCCCCGCUGGAUGUUGGCAGGACGUCCUCACCCAACCCAGAAAGGUCAGUGGCUGAGUGGCUUCUUUGACUAUGGCUCCUUCUCUGAGAUCAUGCAGCCUUGGGCACAGACUGUUGUGGUUGGUAGAGCCCGGCUGGGUGGAAUACCUGUAGGAGUUGUUGCCGUAGAAACCAGAACAGUGGAGCUCAGUAUCCCAGCUGAUCCUGCCAACCUGGACUCUGAGGCCAAGAUAAUUCAACAAGCAGGACAGGUUUGGUUUCCAGACUCUGCUUUUAAGACCUAUCAGGCCAUCAAGGACUUCAACCGAGAAGGGCUUCCUCUCAUGGUCUUUGCCAACUGGAGAGGCUUCUCUGGUGGAAUGAAAGACAUGUAUGAUCAAGUUUUGAAGUUUGGAGCGUAUAUCGUGGAUGGUUUACGUGAAUGUUCUCAACCAGUGAUGGUUUAUAUCCCUCCCCAAGCUGAGCUCCGUGGAGGGUCUUGGGUUGUUAUUGAUCCUACCAUUAAUCCCCGGCAUAUGGAAAUGUAUGCUGACCGGGAAAGCAGAGGAUCUGUUCUGGAGCCAGAGGGGACAGUAGAAAUCAAAUUCCGCAGAAAGGAUUUGGUGAAAACUAUGCGUCGGGUGGACCCAGUCUACAUCCGCCUGGCCGAGCGAUUGGGCACCCCAGAGCUAAGCCCAGCUGAGCGGAAGGAGUUGGAGAGCAAGCUAAAGGAACGGGAGGAAUUCCUCAUUCCCAUUUACCACCAGGUAGCCGUGCAGUUUGCUGACUUGCAUGACACACCAGGCCGGAUGCAGGAAAAGGGUGUCAUUAAUGACAUUCUAGAUUGGAAAACAUCCCGCACCUUCUUCUACUGGCGUCUGAGGCGGCUACUCUUGGAGGACUUGGUGAAGAAGAAGAUCCACGCAGCCAACCCAGAACUGACGGACGGCCAGAUCCAGGCCAUGCUCAGGCGCUGGUUUGUGGAGGUGGAGGGUACAGUGAAGGCCUAUGUCUGGGACAACAACAAGGACCUGGUGGAGUGGCUGGAGAAGCAACUGACAGAGGAAGACGGUUUUCGUUCAGUGGUUGAUGAAAACAUAAAGUACAUUUCAAGAGAUUACAUCCUCAAGCAGAUCCGAAGCUUGGUGCAGGCCAACCCUGAGGUUGCCAUGGAUUCCAUCGUCCACAUGACCCAGCACAUCUCUCCUACUCAGCGGGCAGAAGUGGUUCGGAUUCUCUCCACGAUGGACUCUCCUUCAACGUAGGAUGAGCCUGCUGCUCUGCCCUGCCCUGCCCCGUCUCUGUACAGUGAGAAGGGCCAGAGCUGCCAUUUGUGACUGAACUUUGACCAUGGCUGUGAGUACAGAGAACAGAUGCAGCACUGGAAUGAAUGGGGCUGCUUUUCUCCCCCUGGAUUUUGUCUGGUUACAUGGGACAUGCUGGGAAAACCCCAAGAGAUUACCUACAGCAUCUAUUUAACACAGAAGAGAAUGCCUCCCUCUCCUGCCACAUACGAAAUGAGAAGACAAUGAAGGGUACAAAUCCAUACCGUGAAGUCUUGCUGAAAUGAAGACAAGGUUACUCUUCCCUACCCAGCCCAACGCCAACCCUCCCCCACUCCUCAUUUCUUGGCAGAGUUCUAGGCAGUCAGAGGACCUACCUCCUCCCCCUCUCCCCCCAGCCUUAUGAGCCUGCAGCCUCAGUUAAGCAGUGGAGGGCUGGGGAGGUUGUGAGACCAGCAGUGCAAGCAGCAAGCUUUGGGAAAAGAAGCCCUCUGCCAGAUGAUCCCAGCCCAUUUGUCCCCCAGGCCCUGGGAUUAGAGGGAGUAUCAUCCCUGGCUAAAGGGCAGCAAGACACUUGUUUAACAAGGAAUCAAUCAGUGGAGCUUGAAAACUAAGUGUGUUCUUUGGGGACUUGGAGGCACUAGUGAUCGAGAAAAUGGAGCAAUGGUUAUCCUUGAAGUAGAGGGUAUUGAACCAGAUCCUUUCAGAACAAAUAGGUGGAGAGCCAGCAGAAUCAAGAAUCUGGCUCAUCUUGCUGCUCUGUCCUGUCUUCUUGCCUUUGGGGAAAACAAUGGCAGCACUGUGUGAGGCUCUGGGCUUCUGCCUGGGGAGCGUGUGGGCUGCUUACACUCUUAUAGCUGGAGGGAAAACACAGUGGAAGUGCCAUUUAUUGGAUUUAACAUGCCUGCCCUUUGCUCUCUCUCAAUGCAAACUCUAGUUGCUUAAGCCAUAGAGAAGGGGCUAAAUCUGGUCCCUUCUUCAGGGUGCAGGAGGCCUUCAUUAUUAAGCCUGGAGCUUUGAUAGUUAUGAGUUACUUUUCUGGUGCCUGGUCAGUGACUCUCUCCCAUUUCCAAUGCGAUUACGUAGUUAACAGGUCUUCAGUCUUAACUUAGGUCCUCGCCUCUGACUUUUCUUCUCCUGUAUCUCUCUGCUAUCAGGAUGGAAAAGAAACGACUGGCCAAAGUGCUUCCCACCCCUCCACCUCCCACCCCCAGUCUUCCUUAGCUGUACUCUGGGUGGGGGUGGGGGGGGGGUGAUGACCGUGACUCCCCACCACUGCCAAGGCUGUCCAAUGGAAUUGGGACCCACAUGACCUUAAUUAAUAGCAUUUACAACUCAGUUACGGUGCUGUUGUUUUCAGGGGCCUCCCCAGCCAGCUGUAGGGGCAUACUGAGGGGUGGGGGGGGAAGUGUUAGUAUUUAUUUUUCCACAAGUAGCUAAUUUAAGGAAAGAAUUUCACUUUCCAUCCUUCUAUGCGUCAGCCAGUCUUAACCCAGCCCAGAAGGUGUUGGGAGCCUGGAAGCAGGGCAGCAGCUGCUUUUUCCUUGAGAGUUAAUUACACCUGACACUGUUUACAAACAAGGGGAGCCCUAAGACAUCUUUUGCCGUAUGGUUUUUAUAGAAAGCUCUAGUUUUGAGCCUUAACCCUAUAGUUGACAGACAAAGCUCUGGCUCUCUUUGGAAAUUUCUGCCUGCACAGUGGCUAGCUGGGCGCUUGUCCCCCAUUCUGAAUUACAAGCUCACUCUUGAAUGCUUAAAUGAAUCAGAGAGUCUGAUAAUAUGGCUGUUGUAAAGGGGAGAUGACCAGUCAGGGAGAUGAGAAGUAUGGUGAGAACAAAGGGAGGGAGCCCCCAGAACUGCUUUUGGCUUUGGACCAGGUAAGAGGGGAAUCUAGUCACCGUGACAUUUUUCUGCAGGAACUAUAUACUUCCCUACACCUCCAGCUGUAUUAAGUGCUACACCAGUCUUAAGCAACUCUCUUGGACAGCAGCAAUGUCUCAGUGAUUGUGUACCCACGCUGCUGUAAAGUAGACCCCUUUUUAGCUAUGGUCUCAAUUACUGCCCCAUUUCAAGGAGAAGUACCUUGUUCAAAGUAAGAAGCUCUUCCUGCCUCCUUGAGUUUCUCUCUCUGGGCAGUGACCUGGGCUGGACCUUUCCACAGGGUCAAUAGUCAAGUGUCUCAGCCUGUGAAAAGUCAGAUCUUCUCACUGUGUCAUGCAGAUACAAGCUUACUGAGGCAAGAGGAUUAGAAAUGAUGUAUUGACCGAGUCUUGCUUGAACUGAGAUUGUCAUAUUAUCUUUUCAUUCUGCUCACAUUUACUUGUCUCGGCUAAUAAUUCAGUGGACCAAGACCCUGAGGUGAACCAGAGCUUGGGGCAGAUGUGCCCCCGGCCCUCCCAUGUGGGGAGAACCACAUGCUGAUGAAAUAAACCUCUCUGAGUCACACACAGCUUGCACUCUGUCCCGAUCCCAUCCUUGAUGGGAUCUGUCCUUUUCUCUGCUCUAUUUUCAGCUGCUGAGGCCUUGCUGGCUUUGGGAGGGUUAUUGGCAAGAGCAUUGGGAAUUCUCGUCGGAGCUUCACAUGUCUCUACGCACUCAGCUGCCCCAUUCACAUAAGGACAUCACAAACCUGUACAAUGCAGGAAGUUACAGUAACACAGAAUGGAAAACUAAACCAUAUUUUUUUUAAAGUGUCCUUGUCCAGCCCGAGAUCUUUAAAUAUCUAGAUGAAGUCAUCAUAUACACUUGCUCAAAGGAGACCAUCUUUUUCAGUCUGAAUUCAACUUGUAAUGAGCCAAAUAAAGAAAUCAACUUCCCAGUAAAGGCAGACGCCAGUAAGAUUGAACCUCUUCUCUCCAAGGUAUGAUCUGACUCGUCUUGCCCUAGGGAGGCCGAGGCAACAUCAGAAGGGGUCAGCUCAGAGGUGUCUGCUAGACCAAGACAAUAGAUGAAUGGGAUGUUAAUUUCUCCUUGUCUACUUAAUUAUCACAUCUACUAAGAAUUUGAAUUUACAAUCCCAUGUGUGUGCUUUUUUAAAAAGAAAAAAAAAGCCACCCAACCCAAAAGUUCAUUGUCUUUCUUGAGAAAUCUGUAGUGAAUACAGAGUGUUCUUCUAAUAUAGUCAAUCUAAUUAACACUGGGACCAAGUGGCAGAUAUUAGAGAUUUUACAGAGAGGUUUCUUCCUUAUUUAGCCAACUGCACACUUGCCUUUUAGCCCACAUAAGAACUUAAAUUGCACCCUUGGAUACCAGAAGCUUUUUUUUUUUUUUUUUUCUCCAAAUUCUGCCUGCCAGGCAACUGUCACAGACUGGGAAUUGGAAGGUCUACGUUCCCCUUAGGCCAGGUAACUGACCACAUGUGUACUACUCUGCCUCAGUUUUCACCCGCCGAAAAAUGGAGCCUGAUCCAUUCUUUCCAUGAUGCAAGGACAAACCAAGGAGACCUCAUUGAGAGAAAGCUGCAUUGUCUACUAGGAUAGCUACACCUCAGGGUGGUGGCUGACACUUAACCUUAGUUAUUACCUGUACUCACUACUUUGCUGAGACAAAACCGAGGCUGACUUGUUGGCCUGGGCACCAGAAUCACUGUUCCAAAAAUGAAAUAGAAGUACUUGUUAAAAAGUCAUGUAGAAAAGAUCCAUCUAACUUGCUCUGAACUGGAAAUCAUUGAUGGAGGGGAAGGGCAAGGCAGGGAGGAGUUAGGCUCAAGAAGUUUAGGUCCCUUAAGUUGCUGCUCAGUUUCAGAGAGAAUGAGAGACCAGGGUCUCCCCUGACUACUCUGGCAAGCAGGAUUUGUUGCUUUCCUUGUUACCUUCACAGAAAAGGAGGAAGGAAAGAAGGGAGGCUUACACGUUGUCGUCUGUCUGGGAGAGACCAUGCACAAUUACUGUUACUGCCUUUUCCUUUUGGGAAGCUGCCUGGCAUGUCCAUACUCUCUGCUGCUGCAGAGUCUCACUUACCUCACAAGUUUCUUUUAAUAAAAGACAAUUUAAAACCCACAGUCAACUACUGUCUCUUCAUGGUCUCAAGUGGCACUGCUUUAUUUGGGGGAAGGGAGUAAGGAUCAAGUGAAAGAGCAAUUAAACAUACAUGGAUGGUUGAUCUAUCCCUACUUCUACCAGCCAUCUCUUCAGUUAAAAAAAAAAAAAAAUACAAAGUCUCCAGUAAGUUUUGAAGCUAGGGUUUUGUUUUUUUUCUUUCAUAAUACAAUGAGUACAGCACCCAAAGAAUCAAUCAAUUCAUAGACAAAUACCAGGAAUUUGCAAUCUUGAGGAUGUGAGAGAAUUAUUGUGCUGUGCUUCAGUGAUUGAAAAAGUUUUCUUUCAGUAAUAAAUUUGAAUUUGUUGU